AUGAAGGUCGACGACCCACUUGCCAUUGGACUUGCAAAUGUGUUCCAAAAACGCGGCGAAGCGAAGAUCGUAGGGGCCGUGUCAAGUGUGUUCAGCCGAUAUGUACCACCUGCGAUAGACGCGAUCAAUAGCUACUACGGCCACGACAAGAUACCUAUUGCGAUACAGAAGCCAGUUGACAACACUACUCGAAACCCCACCAUUCCUCAGGAGAACGAGUACGUGACGGGCUUAACGCACAAGUUCCCACAGGAUGUGGGUGAUGGCAGCAAUACCAUGGAUACGGUCUUGCUGUACCGCCAUCUACUUGCAGUGAGCCCAGACCACAGUAUUACGAUCGCUAACAUUGGUUUUCACGAUAAUCUCUACCAAUUACUGCAAUCGCCGCCUGACAAGAUCUCACCACUGUCGGGACCAGACCUGAUCAAGAAGGUUAUUGAGCAUGUUGUGCAAGGCAACCCAAAUGGCACAUCGUUCAAUUUCGAAGGCAACGGCCCCAAGUUUGCGCAAUAUGUGCUGAUGCACUGGCCUGGCCGCGUCAUAUACGUUCCGGACGCAAUUGGCAGUACGGUCUACUUUGGGUCAAAAUUGACGACAGAGCUCAACAAGACAACAAGCCCGGUGCCUUACGCUGCUGCAACUAGCAUCGGAAUUGGCAAUGUACAUCAGAGUUGGAACUCAACAGCAAUCUACUACGCUGUACGCGGCCUUGACGAUAUCUAUGGAGUAGAGAGAGGUGAAGGUGAAAUCACCUUUUCCCAGAACGGAACGGCGGUUUGGGACUACAGCUCUCAAUCACGGCUGCAGCAAUCCAUCGACUUGAAGAUUAAUAACGUCACAUUCGCAGCAAGACUAGAGGAGCUACUAUUAUCAGAGCCGUCGAUAUUUCCGUAA